CAAAAAGACAAAGACAAAAAAAAAGAAAGGAAGAAAGAAAGAAAAGAAAAAAGAAAAGCCCUGAUAGUUCAAAUCACAUAGCAAUAAUUUUUUUAUAAAACAGAGGCACCUAAUACCCAUCACCUUUUUUCCCUCCUGAUGGGAAAUAAAAAGGAUUGUUAACUCUUCAAUAGGUACUGUAUGAAAAAAGAGGGAGUAAAGGAAAUUUAGAGCCAGAAGCGAGCACCCUGAAGAGUACUAUAUCCCAUGUCAAGAUUAUAGAACUAGUUUAUUAUAAAUCCCUCCUUUUCUUUGAGGGUUCUGUGUAAGUCAUAGUGGGAGGCCCAUUCUCCCAGAGAGCACUCUUUUUUUGCAAAUGACUGAAAAUCCAAUGUAGAGGCUUCAAUGGUAAAAGGAUAUUUUUGAUCCUCAUCACUGAAAAUCUAGAGUGGGUGCUGGCCUCCAGCGAGGCAACUUCUAGCCGCUCAAAUGAUGUCAUCGAGGUUUGAGAUCUCCAGAUCUUCACUCGGCCUUCAUUACUGUUGACGUCAUCCUUCACUUAUACGCAAAUCCCCACCUCUUGGUAGCUUCCUGUCCCCCUAAUAAGUGAACAAUGUGACUACAGCAGUUGUAGCCCUCAGCCCCCACUGGGCUCAGGAAGACGGGGACAUCUUUCCUAAUGUCUCCUGAUGAAGCCCUAGGAUUGGCAACCUCUCAUUGGCCCCUGUUGGAUCACGUGGCCAUGCCACAGCCAAUCAUGUGGCCCAGCGUCUAAGGCAGGCUAAUUGUAUCAGACAGUGAAGUCCCAGUUUUCAGCUGAGUGUGAAGUUAGUCUUGCCCAAGCUGCACUGCUGAGAAUAGUGGAAGCCUAUGUUGGAAUUCUCCAACAUAAAGAAGGGUGCUGAUGCUGGAGAGGCAUCAAAGACUGGCCAUUAUAUCUAGCAAGGGAAUAUGGUACAUCUGGGAAGCUUUGUGAACAAAGAACAGCCCAGUGAUUUAGGAGCCAAGAGACUGAGAAUGCAGCUUCCUUUAGUAACUGUUGGGAUCAGAACAAACCUGGCUGGAUUGUGGCUCCCAUGCUUAAUAAUGAAGUUAUCCAGCCUUUCUUAGUCUCAAAUUCCUUUUCUGUUCAGUGUGGAAAUGAUGCCAGUCCUCUUGUUACUGGAGGAGCAAAAGCGAGAAUAUUUUCAGAAAAGCCUUGACCUGUAUAAAAAAAUGUGUGGAUAUGAAUAUAGGUAUUUUUACUGCUGAAGAUCAUAGCAGGAAUAAACAAAUUCCAAAUGCACCAUGUCCAUUUAAAGUUUGACUUAUAAAGCUAACAUUUGUACAAAGGAAAAGUUUGGCUGGGCCAUUCAAAGCAAUGAUCAGGAUCGUAGGGUUGAUUUUGAUAAAAGUACUAAUUGUUAACAUCUACCAAGGGCUUACUAUAGUCCAGGCUCUUCUAAGCAUUUUUCAUGUAUUAUUUCAUUUACUCUUCAAACAACCUUAGGCAUUAAGCACCAUUAUUCUCUCUGUUUUACAGAUGAAGAAAUUAAGCCACAAGUUAAGCAAUUUCACAGCAUUCCCUAGCUAAGAAUGGUAGACCUGGGGUUCAAAUCCAGACAGCCUGUCUCUCGAACCUGAACUCUGAAACAUUGUAUUAUCCAAGGUGCUGGCGAACGCCACGGUUCUGAAAAAGCCUGAGGGCCGGAAGGCAGGCCUGGGAGAAGCCCUUUCUGUGGGCAGUCGGAACCUUCAGGACCAGAGGAGAAGCCAGCCCCUCACCUGGACUUAUGACCCGUGGCUUUGCCCCCAGCCUGCCCGUCGAGUUCCCCAAGAUGGGCUCCUUCCGCAGGCCCAGACCACGCUUCAUGAGCUCCCCAGCGCUCAGCGACCUGCCCCGCUUCCAGGCAGCCCGCCAGGCUCUGCAGCUGAGCUCCAACUCAGCUUGGAACAGCGUCCAGACAGCUGUGAUCAACGUCUUCAAAGGGGGCGGCUUGCAGAGCAACGAGCUUUACGCACUGAACGAAAACAUCAGGCGGCUGCUGAAGAGUGAACUUGGAUCAUUCAUUACAGACUAUUUCCAGAACCAGCUUCUAGCAAAAGGACUGCUGUUUGUGGAGGAGAAGAUUAAGCUGUGCGAAGGUGCAAAUCGCAUUGAGGUUCUGGCUGAAGUCUGGGACCACUUCUUCACUGAGACCCUCCCCACCCUGCAGGCCAUAUUCUACCCAGUUCAGGGCCAGGAGCUGACCAUCCGCCAGAUCUCCCUGCUGGGCUUCCGUGACCUGGUCCUGCUGAAGGUGAAGCUGGACGACUUGCUGCUGCUGGCCCAGCCCCAGCCACCCUCGUCCAUCAUCCAGAUGUUGCUCAUCCUGCAGAUGAGGACACUGAAACCCAGGAAGUGCAUGUGCUUGCCUGAGGCCCCACAGCACAAGAGUGUCCACGAGCCUACAGGCCCCACGGAGGGUUACUUGCAGCUGGAGGAGCUGGUGAAGCAGGUGGUUUCACCUUUCCUCGGCAUCAGCGAAGACCGCGGCAUCUCAGGCCCUGUGUACACCUUGGCCCGGCGCCACUCCAGGGUCCGGCCCAAGGUCACACUCCUGAACUAUGCUGCACCAGUCAGCCGCCCACUGAAUGAGAUGGCCCUGACCCCUCUGACGGAGCAAGAGGGGGAGGCCUACCUAGAGAAGUGCGGCAGCAUCCGGCGGCACACAGUGGCCAAUGCCCACUCGGACAUCCAGCUGCUGGCCAUGGCCACCAUGAUGCACUCAGGCUUAGGGGAGGAGGCUGGCAGUGAGGACAAGUGCCUGCUCCUGCCGCCCAGCUUCCCCCCACCCCACCGGCAGUGCUCCAGUGAGCCCAACAUCACCGACAGCCCAGAAGAGCCGGAGCAGGUGGCAGCGGGCAGCCAGGAGGACUCGGAGCUGAACUGUGCUUCCCUCAGCUGAACGCCUGCCUCCGGAACCUCCUAGCCCAGGCCUGGCAACCAGGAUGGAGGACGGCUCCGCCCCAGGGAUCACCCGGAGGCUCUUCCUCUGGGCAGUGCUGCCCUAGGGCCUCUUCAGGUACAGGCCUAGUCUAGGUGCCGUAGGCAAACUCCCUGUCGUAAGCCUCUCUCCAUUUUCAUGAUUCUGACCAUUGCUCUGUGGCCACACAGACCCAAAUGCCUAAUGUCCACCUUCUGACUUUCAGCCUCGCCUGCCUGACUCACCUCACUUCCUGCUCUCUGGGCUUUUCCCCUCAGAUAGGGGACUCUCCCAGGCUCCCCAGUCCCAGUGCCCCUGUGUUCCCUGAGCAGGUCAUCUGAGCUACAGGAGCCACACACAAAAACAGCAAGGAGAUGUUGGCGUGUGAGGUUCCCUCUGAGGUCUUGUGAUACAGAGGCUGCUGGGCCUGUGUGGAGUGUGAGGAGACCUCAGCCCCUCCCAGGCCUGAUUCUGGGAAGGCAUCAUUCAUUUCAGUUACAGAAUUACCAAGAGUGUCCCCACUGGUGGGUGAGGGUCUGCCCUCCUCUAUAUCCAGACCCUACAUGCUGCCUUGGGCUUUAGCCCAGGAGGUCAUAGGGCCAGAGGAUCCCCGUCUUUGAUGAAGCCUCAGCAUUCCCCUCUCAAGCUUCUUCCUGACUCAAGGAACUCACCUCCCCGGUGGAGUAGCUAUGCCUGCCUCCCGCUCUGACUUCAGAAAUGGAUUCUUCUCCUCUUGUGGUGGAGGGGCCAGCUGAUCCCCACCAACUAGUCUGUUCCUGGAUUUGACUUGAAUUUUUUAAAAGUGCAUCGUUUCAAAAAUAAAUUGCUUGCAAACAUUUGCACAUA